AAUAGCGGAGUCUGUGUUCUGUGUGAACAAACAAACCGGGCUGAAAUUCUCUCUGUUUGGGCUUUAAAAAGAUUUUUGCGCAUCUUUACUCGAAGAGGAAGACUUUAAAAAAACUUCAGAGGAGCUGACGGAGAGGAAUAGAACACAAAUUCGGACGUUAUUCAGUGUCUCAGGUGUCCCCACAAUGUUUGAAAAGCAGCCGUAUGACAGCCCCCCCACGUACAGCCCUCCAUCACACAGUUAUGGACCCCAGGGCAGUUUCCUCCCCCCUCAGAGCGAGUUUGACCCCUACCCCCCUCCUCCCGGGUCAUACUAUAUAGGAGAAGAAGUGCCACAACAUUUCUACAAAUGGACCUCUCCUCCCGUAAUCGUCAAAAUCAUGGAAGGUGCCAUUGUGGUGUUGUGUCUCGGCAUCUUCGCCUGCGUUGCGUCGACGCUUGUCUGGGACAUGCAGUACGGCUACGGAAACUACGGAGGUUAUGGAGGUUACGGAGGUUACGGCGGAUAUGGCCCCGGUUCUGGGUAUGGUCUCGGCAGCUACGGCUCUAACUACUACGGAUCUGGUAUGUACGGAUAUGGAGGCUACAGCUACAUGAGCCCGUAUUCUGCCAAAACCGCCAUGAUCUCAAUGGCUGCUAUCAACUUCUUUGUGGCGCUGGUCAUCGUCGUGGCUACUUUCUCCAAAACGAGGGCCAUCCGGAGCAGAAAGUUCUACCUGAUUGUGCUGGUGUCUUCCAUCAUCCUGGCCGUGCUGCAGGGAAUCAUCAAUAUCGUGUACAUCGUAGGAGUGAACCCCAUGGCUCAGAGCUCGGCCAGCGCUGUCUACAACCCCAUGCUGAUGAUGUGUCAGAGCCUGUACGGGAACAGUGUGACGGGAAUGGGCGGGGGAUUCCCUCUCUACAACCAGUACCUCUAUCACUACUGCUACGUUGAUCCUCAGGAGGCCGUGGCAAUGGUGUGUGGCUUCUUGGUGUUGAUUGCGCUGAUCGUAGCUGCGUUCUUCUCCUAUAAAACGAGGAGUAAGAUCUGGCGCUACGGAAAACACAACGUGUACUGGGACGAGCCGCUGACCGGUGGUGCCGAGGGCAGAAAUGUGGAGGACUGGGUGAACAACGUGGGUGAAGGACAGAGCAUCCACGAGCCCUCAGUGAUGUUCUCAGAGAAAGAAGCUCCGCCUCUGAACAAGUCCCAGAGUGUGAACUCCAUCCCCUUUAACAGCGACGCCUAUACUCCCCCAGCGUACUCGGAGCGUGUGUUCAGUCGUGCUCAGGAUCCAGAGAGCUCGAGUCCGUCUGAGAGAACCGAGAGGAAACCUGCAGCACUGCGCGGGAAACGCCGUAGGAGAAACCCGGAGCUGGAUGAGUCUCAGUAUGAAACGGAGUACACUACAGGAGGAGAAGGGAAUGAACUGGAUCCCAAUCACUGGUUCAGUGUGUACCCCGAGAUCACAUCCAGCUCUCAGAGACAGGAGUAUAAGAGGGAGUUUGACUCGGAUCUGCGCGCAUACAAACAGCUGUGUGCUGAAAUCGACGACAUCAACGACGAGCUGAACAAACUGAGCCGAGAACUCGACAUGCUGAACGAGGGGACGAGCAAAUACCAGGCCGUAGCAGAGGAAUUUAACCGACUAAAAGAUCUGAAACGGAUGCCGGAUUAUCAGGAGAAAAAGCAGCGCUGCCGUCGCCUGCGUCACAAACUCUUCCACAUCAAACGCAUGGUGAAGGAUUACGACCGAGCUCAUUCCUAAAGCUCCACCUGACCUUUAACCCCUCCUCCUGGAACCGACAAGCCUGUGUGUGUGUGUGAGAGAGAGAGAGGUGUGGCUCAGAGUGAUAAGGGCUGUGCUAAGCAUUCUGCUUUUUUUAAGCAGGACAGAGAAAUGUAAUUUGGGCAAUAACGAGCGUGUGUGUGUGUGUGUGUGUGUGCGCACGCGUGAAAUAAAAAUAAAUGUAAUGAAGUAAAAUUUAAAAUGAUUUUAGUGUAACACACACACACGCAGUGAGAUGGUUGGAGUUAAACCCUUUGUUUAUGUGGUGAUGAAUUUGUGUAAAUGAUCCACUCCAAGAUUUAAAAUAUUCAGUGUGUUUGUUUGUUUGUUUGGUGCUGAAUAGAUUUUUGUUUUGUUUUUUUUAAUCUGCUUAUUUUGGUUAUUUGUGUCACACAUUCAUUUGGCAUUGAGGUUUUUUGGCAACUGAACCACAAUCCUCUGAGUCAGGAAAAGAAAAUUCAUCUGUACGAAUCUGCGACUUCACUGAAAGAGUAAAAAUGAAGAACUGUAGUGUGUUUAAGGUUGAAGUGAUCCACUCAGACUGAGUUUAUAAUGAGUUUGAUUUGAAAUCUAAAGAAAAUCUGUUUGCAUGUGUAUUUAACUUGAUUUCAUUUCGUUUUGUUACCUUGUUCCUCGUCUGUGAUUUUAUUUGUCGUAUAAAUUAAAAAUCUCCACUGUAUUAAUGUGAUUUCUGUAUUAAACCGUGUAAAUACUGUACUAAUAUUACUUUUCUUUGAGCAGACUGAAUUUCGGUGUGUGCGUUUCACACUCCUGAAAAUUACAGUCAUGUCUGGGAUUAUACACUUUUUUUUAUUAUUAUUAUUUUAAUUUUUUAAGCCAAGCUGUUUCUGGUUUUGUUUUGUUUGUUUUAUUUACUUUUCUGAACAAAUGUGCCAAUAUGCAACUCUGAUGUACAUAAGUGCUGUUAAAUCAUCAAUAUUGAUGAAAUCUGUUUAUCUGUUUAUUUUUUUAAUUGACUGUGAGAUGAAGAGAUCAGAUUCUUCAUCAUCAUCAUCAUCAUCACUGCUCUGUGUUUCUGAUUAUUCAUCAUGACAGCAGAUCAGACGUGUGUUUUUAUUUUCCUUUUAGUCUCCAGGAUUUAUUCCUGUUUCGUUUUUUGUUUUGUUUUUUGUGUGUACAAAAAUUAUAAUAAUUCAUCAUAAAGGGCAUCUGUGAAUUUGUGGGUUUUGUUUUUCCUUCAU